GAUUGUUGUUUGAGUUCUGGAAAACCAUUUGAGUGAUAGUGAUUUGUUCAUAUGACUAGUCAAAUUAAGAAGCGUGUAGCAAUCAUAAUUUCAAGAGAGCAUUGAGCACUUAUUUUUCAGAUGCCCCUCGCCACCAAGUUGUGGACUUUAGUGGGUUUGAGCAACUUCAAUGAGUCCGCCCCGACUGAUAAUUUUAGUAUAUUGUGGCGACUUGUCAUGAUCUCUGAGAUCUCACCAUUCCACAUUCUCCAAUGCAUCUGUUUACUUUGGAGAAUCUGGAAGUCUAUAAAUAAAGUGACUUUUCAACUCUAUCAACCUCAUGUUCGUGCCCUCGUCAUACAAUUCUACAACCAGGUCCUUGAAGUAUCCUUUUUCGCCCCCUCCUCCACCCCCAAAUUGCUCCUCCCCUUUCCUCCUUCUGCCACUUGGGAGCCUCCACCAGACGACUAUUUGAAGAUCUACUUCGAUGCUGUUGUUCAUGACUCAGGGUGCUCGUCUGUUCUUGUUAUCCGUGGGUCAGACGGGCAUGAGAUGCUGGCAGCCGGUAUGCGUCACCGGGGAAUAGUCAACCUGUACACGGGAGAGCUCCCAGCAACAAGAGAUGAUAUCACUAUCAUCGCCUCAAGAUCCUUGACUCACAUGAUAGUGGAAGGUGAUCUCGGGGUGGUCGUCAACUAGAUUCAGCUAGGUGUUCUAGAAGAUUCCUUUGGAGGUUUGGUGUUCUGGGAGUGUCGUAAGUUUGUAGACUCUUUGUCAGUUUGUAUAGAGUUUAAGACAACUCCUAGAGAUGCCAACAGUGCUGCCCAUAGAGUGGCGCGUAAAGCACUGGUAUUGUCUUUUCUAGAGUUAGAGUCUUUCGAAUUUUUUGGGUGGCUUCACUAGGCUGUCGCUUGUAGGGGGUUUCUGGGUAGUUUUGUUUGUAUAACUCUUGUCCUCUCUUGAUAUAACUCGGAAAUAAAAAAAAAUCUUAUUAUUAUAUGCAUACAAUGUCUAAAGAAAAAUUCUCUAUGGUACCUACUUAAGACUCUAUAGUGGAAAAACAAUUCUCGAUAAUUAGUAUGAAGUUUAAUCUGUCGCAUGCUCGAUUACAGUGUUCGUGACCAAAAUUAAAAGACAAUUUGGAAUGAAAGUCCGCUAGUUAAAUUUUAAAAAAAAUACUCGAGGUUCGGGGUCGUUUGGAAGUGGUGUUCUUCAAAUUGAUGUAUUGAGUCAAUUAUUGUAUUAUCAUUUGAUGUAUUGAAUUAAUUGAUGUAUCAGGAAAAUAUAUUAUUUGGAGGUUUAGAUUUUGUUUUUGUUGUAAAGUCAUAAAAGUUAACUUUGAGUGAUUGAGAAGAAUCUCAACAAAAUGUAGAAAUUGAUAAUCUCUCAAUUUUGAGUGAUUGUGGUGGGGCCUUCAAAAAAUUAAUGCAUAUAUUCUAAUUCAAUAUAAACAAAACAAAAAACAACUUAAUCUCACAAAUACAUGAAUUGAUACAAUACAAUAUUUGAACUCACAACUUACAAACAAACCUGAAAGACCCUACUCGUUAUGUUUAAUUAAAAUGGGCUGAUUCCAUAUUCUCGUCAAUAAUAAUAUUGUUAUCAAAACAAAUGUUUGGAAGUUAUGUAUUGUUUGAACAUAUCCACGCUUUGAAUUUUCACCAGUAAUAAAAAAAAAAAAAUCUUCUCAAUUACCACAUGAAUGAACAUCUAUACGGCUACGACACAACUAGCAUAUGCUAUACUUUUCUUGUAAUAAUAAAAAGAAAACUCAGGGUGAAAACAACAUCAACGGAUUAGGUCAAUAACCCUAUGGUCAGUAGUGUACGUAGGUACCGGGUCGGGCCGCCCACGGGCUAGCACGGCACGAGCACGGGCACAAAAUAAAUAGGUCAGCCCGACACAAGCAAGAAUAAUUUAUGGGCCGUGUCGGGCCUAAAUUUCAUGGGCACGGGCACAACACGAUAUAUAAGUGGACCGUGUUGGGCCUAAUAUUUUUGAGAUUUUAUUGAGUAUAAGAACGAACAUGGAACAAAAAUAACAUUCAUUUGAUAGAAAAUAAAUAUAGAAAGAAUUAUAGGUUCAAAUAUUACAAAAUACAAGUAGAAAAAUAAUUAUUUGUUGUUAGAAGUGUCAUAAAGAUAUACACGUAAUUACUACCAUAAGUAAAAAUGGAUGAAAAAUUAAACAAUGUCAAAUCACACCCGCUAUACUUUCAAUUUUCUUGUCCCCCUUAUUUGUUACUUUUCUCAAACAUUCUCGAUGAAUACUAUCUUUCUCCGUCCAAUAUUUCACCUUCUUUUUCAUUCUCUCUUUUAAUUUCUUCCUUUUCAUUAGACACGAAUACGAGUACGACACGAGCACGAAUAGGCACGACACGAUUUGAACCGUGCUUGGGCCUGAGCCGGGCCUAGCAAAGUUAACAAAUGGGCUUUCACGGCACGACACGAAAACUGACGGGCCGUGCCAAGCACGACACGAAAUAAAUGGUCCCGAAACGU